CUCGACGCGCGGACCCUCGACGCGCGGACCCUCGACGCGCGGACCCUCGACGCCCGCUCGACGCUAGUAGCUGUAGGCUAUAUGAAGGGAGGGCUUCUUGACAGACGGACGCUGGACUCUGCGGCUCAGUGCCGGCGGCGCGAGAUGCGCCUGGCGGCUGAUUUGCUUAAGCGCCGCGCGCGCGCGCGUUGGCCGCCGCGUUUGUCGGUCCAGCGCUGCGAGGCUGGCGAAGUGCUCGCUGUUCGCGUGCCAGGGCUAGGCGGCGCGAUUCCUCGUGGCACAAUACAAAAGCGACGCAGAGGAACGCUGGAAGGC